AAUAAUAAUACGGAGAUGCAGAAGAAGAAUAAAGAGGAAGAGGAAGAGGAUGAAAGUCGAGAUGUGUAUGUCUUUUUCUUCCCUGGUGAACAUGUAGGAAGUGUAGGAAGUGGACGAUUUAUAAAUGAUGCGAGUUGGUUAGCCUGUGCAAGUGUUGGAUUAGAGAAUUGUACUUCACUGGCGUAUAGGAAUUAUUUAAAUUUCACUACAGUUAACUUUACAGCUAUUGAUACAUUUAUUGUUGUGGAUCAAGUGGGAUAUAGUGCCGCACCCUUAUUUUAUCAUGUGGAUCGUAGAGUAUCAUCUAAUCUUUCUUUCUCUACCAAUCAUAAUAAUAAUAAUAAUAUUAAUAAUAAUAAUAAUAAUAAUAAUAAUAAUAAUAAUAUUACUACUAUUAUGGAAAAAGAGGAAAAAGAAGAAGAGGAAUCUGCACAGCAGAAGGCAGAGGCGUUAUUAGAACGAUUAGGUGUACAACGUGCGGCUACUUCACGAUUACCAUAUUCUCCCAUUACAACCGUAUUAGAUCUUCUUUCUACUACUAAUACUACUACUACUACUAAUAAUAAUAAUAAUAAUAAUAAUAAUAAUAAUAAUAAUAAUAAUAAUAGUCAAGAGGCACGUGAAAAGGUAUUCCUUACACUCUCACGGUAUAAUACUACGUAUAUGAACCCAAAUGUCUUUACAGUACUUGAUCAAGUCAAUAAUAAAGAUGAUGAAAAUAGCGUUAACGUAAAGGCCGUUAUAGAAGCUGCUGAUACCCUCUUGCGUUUAUUACUCUUACAUACUUCUUCAUCUUCAUCAUCAUCUAGAAAAACAAAAACAAUAACAACAACAGAGACAUCUGUUACUGUAGAUCGUCAAGUAGUAGAAGCAUUAUGGAAUUGUUUUACUGUAAAUAUUCGUUGUAAAUAUCUUUUCCCAUACGGUGAUGCAGAUGGCAAUACGGCUCCAUUGACUCCUGAUUAUAGUGUAGGUACUAUGAAAGAUAAUAGAAAUCAUUAUUCCUCUAAUAAUAAUAAUAAUAAUAAUAAUAAUAAUAAUAAUAAUAUUGGGAUUCUAACACCCACACAAGCAGCUAUUGAGAAAAGUCUAAAGCGUUUAGGUUGGCUGCAUACAUUACGGGCACCAGCUGUUUCACCACAACUGCGUAUACCCGAAGGUGAUUGGAAUGGACCAUGGGAAUAUGAUGAACAUUGGAUUCAACAACAACAACAACAAGAAAAAGAAAAUAAAGAAAAAGAAGAAAAAGAAUAUAAAGAUAUUACUUCACGUUAUGCUUUACAUGUAAUGAGUUUGUGGGAAGGAAAUGUGGGAGCACGAGGUAUAAUGGUGGGAUCUGAAUCCGCAAGUGCGAUUUUUCUUCUUGGGAGUAUGAUUCUAUCGGCGUGUCUCUUAUUGUUUGUUCAACACUGUAUGAAGUAG